ACUAUAAGCCUACUUGGCUCCUCCCAAAUGAGGUGAAAGGAUUACAGGAAUAAUUUGAGCCAGAUUAAGAUUUCGUUGCACUUUGCACAAUGCCACAGACGAGGAAAAUGUAAACAUGCAAAUAAAUAAGGACAUAUUAAUGUUUGAAUCAAGAAGAUGGUGCUCCCUUCCUCAACUCAAUAUGUUCAAUUUGAUGAGCAACUGUUGCAACUGGGUUUCUAAACUGCAGCAACCCAUGAGAAAAGUUACUAUGGUGGUGGUUGGUCUUGACAAGGCUGGAAAGACAAUGUGUAUCCGGGGGAUGCUAAGAGCUCCCCAUGGAGAAGUGAGUCCUACUCAUGGAUGUGUCCGUUAUGAGUUAAGGUUCGAAAACUUCCUAGUGAAUUUGCUGGAUAUGGGUGGAAGUCCUGAGUUUCGCUCAUGCUGGAGGGAAUUUUAUGGUGAGGCCCAUGGAGUCAUUUUUGUGGUGGACUCCAGUGACAGACACAGAAUGAAAGAGGUCAAAGAACUUCUGACUGAGAUGCUGAGACAGCAUAGAGUGGCUGGAAAGCCCCUGUUAGUAUUAGCCAAUAAACAAGAUAAAAUGAAUGCCUUACUUGGAAGUGAAUUGAUUGAAGCCCUAUCCCUGGAGAAGCUGGUCAAUCAGAGCCAGUCUCUGUGCCACAUUGAGCCAUGCUCUGCCUUAAUGGACCUGCGGCGAUGGUCAGACAGGAAGACAUUGCGAGGACUAAGGUGGUUGCUACGGGCUGUGUGCCUCGACUACCCAGAUCUCUGUACUCGUAUAGAUAGAGACAGUGGAAUACCACCAGUAAAGGAGGAGCGAGAAAGAAAAGGAAAAGCUGAAAAAAUUCAGAAGAAAAACAAUGUUCAAAGACAUCAAGGAAGUAAACCAGACAGUCACCUUGCACAGUGCCCUCUGGAGGAAGAACAGAAAAAUGGGAACCAACUCCAAACAAUUAGGUCAACCAAGGAGAAUUCCCUUCAAAAGAAACUGAAGAAAAAGAAGAUGAAGGUUAAAAUUAAAGCAAUAAGUGUCAGAAAUGACUUAGAUAAAAAGUGUAAAGAAAAAGAAGUGGAGGGAAAUGAAGCAGAAAAUAAUGUUAGCAGUCAGGAGGAAACAGACAGUCAUGGUUUGUUGCGACACAAAAAAAGGAAGCUGAAACCCAAAUCAAAGGUGGAGACUUUAGAUCAGCCUGAGUCCCAGGAGUCCAUACCCUCUAAAGCAGGUAAAAAGAAGAAAAAAGUGAUAAAAGGAAAGCGAAAGAACAAGAUCAACACAGAAGAAAUUCCUGUAAAUUAUAGACAGCCUGCUGAUCUUGCUGCCACUUUUGAUCUUUACAGAAAAGCCAUUUUGGCUUUAAAAGCUCGACAGGAUCAGAGUUUGGUGCCAGAACAGUGAGAAGAAUGGAAAUGCAAUGGCAGGACAUUUUAUGAAGGUACUGGACCACAAAACUCUUUAGGCAUCUUCACCAAGACAUGAAUUUCCACAUAUGCAUAUUCAUUUGAGUCUUUUUUUUUGUAUAUAUAAAACUGCUUAUAACAAACUGGAGGCUCUACUCUCUUCAAAAAAUAUAUAUUUUCAAUAUUGAAAAUAUUUUAACAUUUUUCAGGUUAGCUUCUCACUGAGACAUUUCAGAAAAUGUAUUUUUGCUUUGCUUUUUCUUUUUUAGCACCAAUUGUUUAAUUGCAAUUAAGUUGUUAUUUCAUGAACUGUAAUCAAAAUGUAUGCUUUCUCCUGAAAGAAACUUCCUAGUUUAUUUUCAAUCACCUAUUUCACAAUUACAUUUUAGAGGGUAUAGUGGACUUAUUAUUAUCGUUUAUUUAUAUGAUAUAUUUGUAUAAUUUCUUUAAUUUACAUGAUUGAUUUGUUAUUAUAAUGUUAUUAUAGUAUAUUUGAUCAGUUCAAUAAGCUUAAUUUAUUAUUAUUAUUAUUAUUAUUAUUAUUAUUAUUAUUAUUAUUAUUAUUAAAAGCAUUUACUGCUAAUAUGAAUCUUUCUGCCAAGCUUUUGUUUGAAUAAAAACAUG